AUGCUUGCGCAGCGGGACGACUUCUUCGAGUCUUGGCUUCAAGUGCUCGAGGCCAUUUGGAGGUCGGCCAAUAUGCCGCUGCUGCUGCUGGACUCUUCGCCCUGGCCCUUUCGGAUGACGAACAUCUCAGCGAUCCUUGCAGAGGCGGAGCCACGUUUGUCGGAAAGGCCGGCAAGCCCUGGCCAGUGGGCAUCCAGAUCGAGCACUCGCGCUUGGGUGCCGAUGCCGAAGGUGCCGAAGGCCAUCCGCGUGUGGUCCUUGGGCCUCCACGCUACGCUGGCGAUGGAGCCCGAGAGCAUUUGGAAGCUCCUGUCGGCGGGAUCCUGGGAGAUUUCGGUGGAGAUGGUCCUGGCGCGGAACUACUGCAACCUCGGUGAGAUGGGCCGCUGCACGCAGAACGCCGCCUUUGCCGAGCUUCUGACAAAGCAUGUGAUACCUCGAGCCCCGGCCUUGAACAAGCUCAACAAGUUCCCCCACGUGGCUGAAGCGGAUCAGUUGGAGCGGGAGUUCCGGGCCAUCGCGGAGGUGGAUGAGGGAGUACGAAAAGCAGAUGUGCUGAUGUGCUCCGAGCCACCCUUCUUUUGCCAGAUGUUCCUCGGAAUGGGCAAGACCAUCUUCGGCUACAUUGGCAACCCAUUCGGGGCGUAUCUGCUGCCGGGGCAGCCACAGGAAGAGUUCUACCAGGCCUUUCAGACCAAGCUGGCGGUGGGAAUGAACAGCUUUGCUUGCAUGUCUCCGUAUCUCGCGGCACUCAUCUACUGGCACUCCGGCAUCCACGUGCCCGUGGUUAGGCCUUUGGGCCUAUACACAGCCGCCAGCUACAUGCCCAGCCCGCUUGCGAAGAUCUUGGUCACGAAGUCUAUCUUCGUGGCAACGGACAUGGCCUUAGUGCUCAACGACUUUGUGCAAGCCUUGCAAGAGCUCGAGGAGAAGGCGCGGGUUCCUCUGAAGCACUUCCAGAGCAAUGCCACUCGAUUUGUCCGCCUGGAGCAUUUGUCGGACCGGUCUUGGGCCAACUGGGCGCGGCACCGCGCGGCGGUGUUCUUGCCCUACGACCCGCAGCAAAUGGUCUUCUACGAGCUCUACAGCAUGGCAAUACCCAUGCUGGUGCCGGAUGACUCCUUGCUGCCCUUCUUCAUACGCUUUGGCUACACCAAUCUGCAGGAGUUCCGCUAUCAAAGACCUGGAUGGCACGUUCCGCCUGAGGAGUUGCCCGACUGGGGGGAGAACGCGAUGCCCCGAGAGCUCCGGUGGUGGUCGUCACUGACAGACUUUGCACUGUCGCCCCAUUUGCUGCGCUGGCGCUCGAUUCCGGAGCUGCUGUGGCAAGUGCUGAGAGGAGCGGACUUGGAGAAAAUCUCGAGCGGCAUGAGGAUGGAGAGCCAGGUGCGGCUGUUGCACGCCGCAGACUUCUGGAGGGAGGCCUUCAACCGAGCCUCGGCAGCCUUGGCGUGA